CUUGGAGCUGUUUUGCUGUUUUUCUCCAUCCCCCGCCGCAUAUCGUCACUUCCCACGGGCUGUUUGCUCACCGGUCCCGUCGCGAGUGUCAUGGCUGAUAAAGAGAAAGACACCCGGCUGUGAGCGCAACAUCAGAGGAGGAAGGCUCUGCAUCCAUGGAUACCCACGGUAGGCCGGCAGGAGAGGGAUGCGUGGAUGGAUGGACGUAUCUGUGGCUUAAAUGGGGUGGGGGGAACGGAUGCAUGGCAUGAGAUGAAUUACAUAUUGCAUUGUGGGUGCAGAUGUGGCCAAGGCGGCUGGCGGGUUGAAAGAUCUACAUGGCCACUUCAAGAGGAGUUUGUCGCUCAAACACGGUGGUAAAGAGACCAGGAAGCUGCGCGCACCUGCCAUUUGCCGCGGGCUGCGUGUUCCCCCGUGGUGCAGGUGGAGGUGAGGCUGUCGAGAGUGCUCCGAUGACCGAGGCCAAGGACGGUAGGCAUACAUACCGCAAUGACGCCGUUUACACUGUUUUAAAACACAGGUACCCGGCGCAUUCUCAUGGCCCAGAAGGAACUCGCGCCCAAGGAUUCCGAGUAAGUGCGAAGGAAGAGACACCACAACCACAGUAACUAUACACAGACACACGCCAACGUGAUGUGUGCGUGGCUUCUUCAGCAAGGCAUUCCGUGCGUCUCUGCGGGUGUUCGAAAGCAGCACAGGGGACGAGGUACGCGAGCAGCUGCCUCGUGUGCCCUGCACUGCAACAUCUGUGUGUUGUGUUGUGUUGUGUUGUUUCCACAGGGGCUAUUUGUGACCGAUCCAUGCUCGUUUCUGGCGUUCUACUAUGAAGGCAGUCCGGAGGACACAACACUACACCACACCACACUGCCGCCAUCGAUUGUCACUGCUUCUUUCAGCCAACGCGGUCCGCCACAUGGCCUCGUCUGACAUCAGCAAAAUCGUCCGCCGCAGUGCAAAGUGAGUGCGGGUCGUGUCGUGUGUCACCAUGCAUGUCAGUCAGCUGCAGGCCACCCAUCUCUCGCGUGUGUGUAUUGUAUGUGUGUGUGUGUGUCAGAGAGAUGGUCGUUAACUUCCACACAGGGCCCCCUGUGAUCAUCAACUUCAAGAGCGAGGCAAGUGCACUGCACACCUUCCUGCCUCCCCACUGCGGAUCUCAUCCCGCCGACCGAUCUGUGUGCGCAUGGCGUCAGGAUGUCGAUGAGGUGUGCCGGUGGGUGCAGAAGCGCGUGUCGGACAAAAGCACGGUGCAGCACUGGUUCCCUGUCGUCGAUGACCCGUCCUACCAGCUCUCUACUGGUGGGCAGACCGCAUGUACCACAUGGAGAAGACCGAGACAGACGUUCUUGUGUUGGAUUGCUCUCUCAGGUUCGCGUGAGAUGUCUGUGUCUAGCUCUGCAGAGGCCAGCGGUACAUACGCGCACACGGUGGCAUGAAAGCAGAGGAAACAGACGGAUGCUUUGCUUUGUUGCGUUGUGCUAUACAGGCACUUCUGGCCGCCUGUACGUUCGUUGCCGACCUACUGCACGAGAGCCAAGUGUGAUGCACGCACCUUGUUGUUCUUUCUCUCGUGCCGUUCAGGGCGUAUCCGUGUGCGAUCCGCCCCAAACAACACGUGACGUACCAUGUUAGCCAGCUGAAGACAUCCUUGAGCACUCGGCACGAAUGGAUGUCUGCUCACAUCACAUCAGGCCACUGUUCGUGCCGAUGACACGGGCCUCGCGUGCACGGGUGAGGGGACCGGCAGCAUGUCCACAUCCCCUGCGUCUCUUUCCUGCACAGGUACAACUACAGACGACCACUCAAUGUUUCUGCCGUACGCGAAGGUCGCCCAGUCUCAAAGAAGAAUCUGUGAGCCGCUCGCUACGCUCCGCACACAGUCACAGAGACACACGCCUCCCUCCACGUGCGUGCCGUGCUGCAUUCAGGUCGCUGGUGCGUAUGGAAAUCGACGGCACCUUCAAAACAUUCAACUUCUUCGAAUCGGUGACAAACCACCGUAUCCAACACGACAUGUGACACCAAACCAACACGCAUGCCUGGGGUGUGCCCUUGUGUGCACUCAGCAACACAUCGAGAGCAUUCUGAGUGAUGUCAUGGCCAAGGUGGGCUCGUCCAUCCAUCCAUCAUAGCAACACGAAAAUGUAGAUGACUGAUAGAUCGAUGCCGCCCUCUGUGUGUGUCUGCAGCACGCUGCUUCGCACAUCUACUUCGAUUUGGGUGGCGGUAACCGAUUGACAGACAAACAGAGAGACAGCCGACCCCAACAAGAGCCUUUUGCCCUCAUUCUCUGUGUCUCCAGAACAGCCGGAGGCGCUCAGACUCUCUGCCGUGUCCAAGUUCCAACUCGCCGAGGCCAACGUCAAGAGCACCCCAAAGGCAAACGACACUGCCGGUACGUAGGAGGAUCUAGCGUAGGAUCAGAGCUCUCAUAUGUAGCUUCCGCUGUUUCCCCGUUCUGAAGGUUCUGUCGAUCAUUCUGCUGGUGCUGCUGCUGGUGCUUCUUCCUCCCCGCCCCUGCCUCCCGCCCCCGCCCCCGCCCCCGCCCGUCGCUGAUUCUGAUGCGGACCUGUUGAAGAUGGGCUUCCACGCCGUGCAGGCCGACCCAUCGAUGGCCCUCGGCUAUGAGCGGCAAGUCAAGCAGACGCAGAUCCGCCUCGCGACACUCAAGGAGGAAGAGGGGGAGGGGGUGGGGGAGGGCGAGGAUGAGGGGCUCCCGUCGCUGAUGGACAUACUCAAGAAGAAUAAGAAGGCAGGGGAGGAAUGAACUCGUCCGAGCGUGAGGAUGAGAGAACAAGAGGGGGACUGAGCAGCCACGCAUGACACACACACACACACACACACAACCAACCAAGGGGGUGGAUGUAGUGAGUGUCGUGACUCGUGAGGUUUUCCUUCUCUAUGCUCUGUCGGCCUGCAUAGCGCCAUGUGCCCAUGUUGUGCAUGUAUGGCGUGAGUCGUAGAAAGGUGUUCUCUCCCUCCCUGACUGACCGACUCGAUAUCUGCAUUGAUCUCUCAUGAGUCGACUCUCGAACCACGGUGUCUCAACAUCAACCAAUCGG